GUCGAACAUACGAAUCAAAACAAAAAAAAAACUGUUACACUUAAUUUUUUAUUUUUUAAAUAAAAAGGAUUUGAGAUGAAGUUAUUAAUUUGUGCGCUUGCUUUAAUCGCUGUGGUGGUACCAAGCCAUGCAACAUUUGGUAAACUUGGAUUACUAUUAGGAAGCAGUGGUGGUUAUGGUAGUGGAUAUGGUAGUGGAUAUGGUGGCGGUUAUGGUGGCGGCUAUGGCGGUGGUUAUGGCGGUGGAUAUGGAGGAUAUGGUGGUUAUGGUGGAUAUGGAGGCUAUGGUGGAGGAUAUGGGGGAGAUAGUGUCGUUAAAGUAAUAAAGGUUUCAGUUUUACCAGGAGGCGGUUAUGGUGGAGGUUAUGGUGGUAGUUAUGGUGGUGGUUAUGGUGGUGGUUACGGAUAUGGCGGAGGAUAUGGAGGUGGUUAUGCUCCGGUUGCUGCUGUACCAGCUGUAUCGACAUCUGCUGUUGUGACACCAGUGGUGACAUCUGUUUCAAGUAUUCCUGCUACCUAUGGUUCCGGUUAUGGUUAUGGUGGAGGAUAUGGCUUAGGAUAUGGAGGAAUUGGUGGAAGUAUAUCAGGAGGUUAUGGAUUAGGUGGUGGCAGCUGGUUGCAGCCCAAACGGUCCAUUAUGAUUAUAGAGUGGGUCACAACAGAAAAACCAUCAACAUACAUCAUCAUGAAAAUUUUUGUUUGCGUCUUGGUUGCUUUAAUAGCAAUAGCGGCACCCACGCAAGCUUUUCUUGGUGCAAAGUUAGCAUUGUUGGGUGGUUUAACAGGUGGAAACAAUAAUGGCGGCAGAUAUGGUGGUUAUGGCGGAUACGGUGGCUAUGGAAGUGGUGCAUAUAGUGGUGGUUACAAUCAAGGAUAUUAUUAUGGAGGUCCACAAUAUCGUACAAUUUAUAAUGGAAAUAGUGGUUAUGGUUACGGUGGUAGUUAUGGAUAUGGAAGUGGAUAUGGUGGCGAAAGAGUAGUAAAAAUUAUUAAAGUUGUUGUACCUAAUGAACAACCACAAUACGCAUCUGGUCCCGCAUCUGGCUAUGCAUCUAGUUAUUCUUCUGGCUAUUCAUCUGGGUGGACACCCGUAGCUGCACCAGUACAAGUUUCUGCUCCUGCACCUAUUCAAACUACUUCCUAUGUUGCAACACCACAAGCUUUACCUGCACCAACACAAGUUCGUUCUUUCGUACAAAGUACUCCAAUUCAGGUACAAGCACCACAGCCUGUUAUUGUACAACAACAACAACCGCAGCAAGUUGUUGUACAACAACAACCACAACCAGUUGUUGUGCAACAACAACCACAGCCCGUUGUUCAAGUUCCAGCACCUCAACCUGUUGUUGUACAACAGCAACCACAGCCCGUUGUUCAAGUUCAAGCACCUCGACCUGUUGUUGUACAACAGCCACAGCCCGUUGUUCGCAUAGCUACUGCAAUUCCUGCUCCAGUUCAAGUACCAGCACCACAACCAAUAGUACAGUAUACUCCACCAGUACAAGUACCAGCACCACAACCUGUAGUUGUACAGCAAACUCAGCCAGUUGUACGCGUUUCAACUCCAGUUGUCAAUGUGCCACAACCAGCUCCACAACCCAUAUCAUAUCAACCUGUACCACAACAAAAUCAGAUUGUGAAGACAGUUAAAUUAAUUUUCGAUGAAUCUUCUGAUGUCAACCAAGGUAGCUAUGGUGGUUCAUUGAGUGAGACCUAUGGUCCACCACCACAACCCGCUGUUAGUUACAAUAGCAACGUAGGAUCCAGCUGGUCAAAUGGUUGGAACAAUGUUGGUACUGGCCCCUGGAAAAGUGGUAGUAUUUGGGAGAAACUUGGCUGUUAAAUUGUGUUCAAAUUCAUAGUAGUGUUAAUUAUGUAAAUUACUUCCGAUUAUUUUUGGUUUAAUUAAAUUUUACGAU